CCUCUUUGACCAGCGGUUUUUGGAGCUGGCCCUGUGGGAGAAGCACGGCCUGCAGGUUGUGCGACUCUCUCUUGAGGAAGUCGCUCGCCGCUGCCGCCUGGCCCCGGGGCCGACGCAGGCGCUCUGGCUGGACGGCAGGCACGAGCUGGCGGUUGUCUACUUCCGAGCGGGCUACACCCCGGCCGACUUCGGUUCCCCGCUUGCGUGGGAUGCCAGGCUACUCAUCGAGGCCUCGGCCGCGGUCAAGUGCCCCACCUUGGGCUAUCAGCUCGCGGGGACCAAAAAAG